AUGAAGAGGCAGAACUUGGAUGUUCGACCAGGGACUGACCCAGGGUCAUCCAGCCACAGUCACAUGAACAAGGUUUACAAAUGGGACGCAAGUUACUGGGACUCAGAAGGUGAGAGGAACAUCUGCCAGUGUCCUCAGUGCAGUCAGACCUUCACCCCGAGGCCUCUCCUGCAGAAGAACGUCAUGUUAGCAGAGUUAGUGGAGGAGCUGAAGAAGACUGGAUCCCCAGCUGCUGACCUCUGCUAUGCUGGACCUGAAGAUGUGGCCUGUGACUCCUGCACUGGGAGGAAGCUGAAAGCCCUCAAGUCCUGUCUGGUGUGUCUGACCUCUUACUAUGAGCAACACCUCCAGCCUCAUCUAGAUGCUCCGGCCUUCAGGAGACACAAGCUGGUCCAGCCGUCCAAGCAGCUCCAGGAGAUCCUCUGCCCUCAACACGAUGAGGAGAAGAAGAUGUUCUGUCGUACUGAUCAGCAGGUCAUCUGUCACCUCUGUGCUGUGGACCAACACAAAGACCACCACAUUGUCUCGGCCGCAGCAGAGAGAAGAGAGCGAGAGAAAGAGGUGGAUCAGAGUCGAGUGGAUGUUAGUUUGAAACUGGACUGA